CCGUGUACCACGUCCGUGACGUCACCACGUACAUCGUCGUGUGUGUUAUGUGUCAAGCUAGGCCUAGGCCAUGAGUACCGAGGCCCACAGGCCGACGGCCAACGGCUUCAAAGUCCCCGUACAACAAUCCGUCAGGAAAUACACCAGGAGGGACACCAGUGAAGUCAGCUGCUGCUUGAAGUACCUCAUUUUUGGAUUCAACGUCUUGUUUUGGUUGGUAGGCCUGGGUAUCCUGUCUAUCGGAGUGUGGGCCUGGUCAGAGAAAGAUACCUUCAACAACCUUAGCAGGCUAGCCAACAUCGCACUUGAUCCUGCCUUCGUACUUAUCAUCACUGGGGCUGUGACUUUCAUAAUCGGGUUCACCGGUUGUGUUGGAGCUCUCAGAGAGAAUACUUGUCUCCUGGCCGCAUAUGCCUUUUUCCUUGCUGUGAUUUUGCUCCUAGAAAUAACUGCAGUGUUCAUGCUAUUCAUAUUUAGAGAUUGGAUCAAACUACAAGCAACGUCCGGAUUCCAGGCCUUCAUCAUUCACUACAGGGAAGAUCCUGACCAGCAGAACCUGAUAGACUGGAUACAAGAAGACUGGUUGCAGUGUUGCGGUAUCGAGGGGCCCAAAGACUGGGACAGAAACAACUACUUCAAUUGUUCCUCGAGGGACGUUGGUAGCAGAGAAGCUUGCGGAGUUCCGUUCUCUUGUUGCAAAAGAAAACCCAAUGAAGUUAUAAAAAACAAACAAUGUGGAUAUGAUGUCCGCAAACCUGGAUAUAACUUUGAUGCAUCCAAGAUCAUAAAUGAGAAGGGAUGUGUGCAAGCAGGAGAGGAGUGGAUAGAACGGAAUCUUCUCCAUAUAUGUACCAUGGGACUUAUAGUUACAUUCCUGCAGAUAAUCGGCAUCUGCUUCUCGCAGAAUCUACGAGCUGACAUCUUCGCACAGAAGUCCAAGUGGCAUUGACACGCGUUGGCCUCGGCUGUCUAGUCUCCACUGAACACCACACUUACUGUUGAACACCGUUUGAACCUGUCAACAAUAUGUGUUACUGUUGACAUCACAUUCACUGCAGUACCAGCAUUAUAUAUUAAGGUGUUAAAGCGAAUGUUACAAACGUAACCUAUAUUUUUAAACACUGUCUAAAUAAGUGUGUAGUCAUCCUUAAAGUAUUUGUUUUGAUUGUAUAUUUUUUAUGGACAAUACCAAGUGAAACUAAACUCUUGUUUACGUCAACCCUUAAAUCUUUUAUGAUUAGACUGAGAGAAAUGUAUUUUUUACGUAAGUUUACUUUGACAUCAGCUGAUCCUAAGAUAAUUAAUGUUACGCAUUAGGUGAGCAAGAUAUUUGGUUCAAGCUGUAAAGUAUUUUUCACUCAACAUCUAGACUGAAAAUUUGAGUGCAGAACUUGUAAAAAGUCUUCUCCUUUAGUGAAAGAUUAAGGCACAACUAAAUGUCUGUAUUUGAACAAUAGAAACUGGCAUAUCCACUCUCAGCCUUCAAUAGAUUAUAUUUACUUUGAAUAGUCAACAAGUGUGAGAAUGAGGCAACCGGUUCAUUUAUUGCCUCAUACUAAGUAUUACUGUUCAUGAGAUUUUUUUUUGCUCACUCAAACAAAUAUUGAAAUUUUCUGGUUUUGAAAACUAGCCAUAGUUGGAUAUUCAUGACUAAAUAUUCUGAAAUGAAUGAAGAGGUUUUAGUCAAGAGGAGAAGUACGAGGAUUCGUGUCUCCCCAGUCAUUCAUAGUUGUAGCAAAGUAUUGUGAUAGUUUUGUAUUGUGAGUGACUUUUGUACAUUUUUAUAUGAUUACUAGAUGUGUUCAGAUGUGUAUUUGCGAUCAAGUGACCAACAUAGCUAACUAGCAAUCAAAUGUGUAAAUAGAUAUGACGGCUAGUCUAGUGAAAUUAAAUAAAUAAAUUAUUUUGUAAACUGCUUGACUGCCUCGAUGUUGAUUUGCCGCUUGUCAGAAUGUCAAAGUGUGAUACAACUUGUAAACUUGUUCAUACCAACAUCCUUAAAUUAUGUGUCAUUGUCUUUGAUGCCUUGAUAGGAAAAAAAACAACUUGCAAAAUCUGUAACAGGAAAAAUAGAUUGAGUGACGUACUAUCACUCUCUUUCUCAAUUUCACUUCUUGUGAUCUAAGUAAGUGAAGGUUCUAAGAUAAGUUUUGCUAAAAAUUAUUUAUGUCUGAUGGACUUGCAGACUUUUGACACAUGACUAACAAAACACAAACAAUACAGUGUUUCUUGUUAAAGUUAAGUCAAUAAAUUAGCUUGAAAACAAUCAAAAGAGUCAAAACAUAAGAAUUCUCAGUCACUGGAUGUUAUUUAGUGAUAAUGCGUAAUGCAUGUCAUAAAUGGACAAGGAGAAUGUAGCAAAAUACAAUUCAAUAAAUAGAUGAAUGUAUAUCCUAAUACUCCUUACAAUGUCCCAUGUAUUAAGUGGUUGAUUGAGAUGAGAAAUAAAAAAUAUAAUUGUAACCGACUAACUAAACACUAACAAUCACUAAAAUUUGUAUCAGUCAAAAUUUUAGACAAAAAAUUCUUAACAAACUUAGUAAUUUUUUCAUCCAUUUAUCUUGUACAAUUUUGUUUUAAAGAAUGGAUGUGUAUGUACAAAUAACAACCAGUGUGUUAAUUAAGACAUGUAUUGUGAUAAAUCUCUGAUAAGUUUCGGGAGUUCCUCCAAAUUGUUUUAUUUUGUACAAAUGUUAACCAUACUUACAAGAAAAGGUGCUUUCAGAAAUUAUGUUUUGUAGUAUGUGAAACGCUAUACCCAUGUAUUUAUAUGUAUGGCUAUAUUGUAAAUUUGUGUAAAUAUGUAUUUAAUAUAUUUUAUAUUAAUUUUAA